CGAGGGCGCUCACUGUAUGACUUCCGGUAAAGCUGUUCUAGCUAAUUCGUGUGAAAUCAUUGAUGAAGAAAACCAGUCCAGCUUGAAGACACAAUAAUGAAGACCCUUAUGUAGGCCAACUGUGAACUGCUGUAGGGUGCAGCAUGUCUCGACACUCGAGUGGAGGAGAGGUACCCACAGGGACCUGGCUACUCAAAAACAAUGGACAGCUCUCAAAUGAGGAUGACCUCCUGUUAGAUGUGGGCAGUCCAAUGUUGAGCUCUUCUUUGUCUUCCCCCUCCUUUUCCCUCCAGAGGAAUCGGGCCAGUUCCGAGUCGAAGCUGUUUACUCCUCCUGCUGAGAAACGCACGGGAACAUCCUCCAAAAUGUCCAAACGAGAAUCAUUAAAGGUACAGAAGAAGUACUACCGCAGCCAGAAGAAACAGGCCACCAAGGAGUUGAUGAGCACACAUAAAGAUUCCUCUGUCAUUGUGCUGGCCGAUUGGCUCAAGGUCCGUGGUACACUCAAGAGCUGGACCAAGCUGUGGUGUGUUCUGAAGCCUGGGCUUCUUGUACUGUACAAAAGUGAGAAACAAAAGAGUAGCUAUUGGGUGGGAACCGUCCUGCUGAACACCUGCAGGCUGAUCGAGCGACCAUCUAAGAAGGACGGUUUCUGCUUCAAACUCUUCCAUCCUCUGGACCAAUCAAUCUGGGCCACAAAGGGACCAAAAGGGGAGACAAUCGGGGCCAUCGUUCAGCCACUGCCCUAUUCCUACCUCAUCUUUCGGUCCCUGUCAGAAUCUGCAGGAAAGUGUUGGAUGGAUGCCCUCGACUUGGCCCUGCGCUGUACAGGGCUGCUGAUGAAGUCAAUGAAGAAGGACCCCCACCUGGUACAGGGGGAGAGCCCUGAUACGCCUGGCACUCUUCUACCCCCCUCCACAGAGCAAGAACAACUCAAUGAUAGUGAUUGCGAGAAGCAUUUCGCUGGUGUAGUUAUAGAUCUUGAAGAGGACAGCAGGACAGACAGGGAGGAGAUCAAGACCGAUUCUGAGUCGGACACAGAGGAAGAGGAGGACAAAGUGUUUGAUGAUGUCAGCCAGCCAAGCGAGACAUCGUACUUGGAGAAUGUGGUUGAGGAAUUGGGACAGCAAGGAGAUGCUUGCCAAACAGAAGAAGUUGAUGACGAAAACAAAAGUCUUAUCUGGACCCUGGUGAAACAGGUACGCCCAGGUAUGGAUCUUUCAAAAGUGGUGCUGCCUGCCUUUAUCCUAGAGCCACGCUCCUUCCUAGAUAAACUGUCCGAUUACUACUACCAUGCUGACAUCCUUUCAGAAGCUGUUACCUAUGAAGAUCCUUACUCCAGAAUGAAGGGUGUGAUUAAGUGGUACCUCUCGGGUUUCUACAAAAAGCCAAAGGGGCUGAAGAAGCCAUACAACCCCAUCCUAGGUGAGACCUUCAGGUGUUACUGGCAACACUCCAAGACAAAGAGCCGCACAUUCUACUUAGCUGAACAAAUAUCUCACCACCCUCCAGUGACGGCCUUCCAUGUCACGAACCGCCACGACGGCUUCACAAUUAGUUCUAGCAUCCUGACCAAGUCCAAGUUCUAUGGGAACUCCUUGUCCGCCAUUUUGGAUGGGACUGCGAAACUCACAUUCCUGAAGCGAGGGGAGGACUACCUAGUCACUAUGCCAUAUGCUCAUUGUAAAGGAAUCCUUAUCGGGACACUCACUAUGGAGAUGGGUGGCAAGGUGGCCAUCGACUGUCCAAAGACGGGAUACAGAUGUGAGAUGGAAUUUAAACUCAAGCCUUUCCUAGGAAGUGGCGCAGCGUCUAACAGAAUUUCAGGGAAGAUCAAGAUGGGUUCAGACACCUUGUCCCAUAUAGAAGGUCACUGGGACCAGGAAGUGUUUCUCAAAGAGAAAGGCUCGUCGGAAUCUGAACUGUUCUGGAGCCCAACAUCAGAGGUGAAAAGUCAGAGACUACUGCGCUACACAGUUCCUGUGGAAUCACAAGCAGACAUGGAAUCAGAGAGACUUUGGAGGCAUGUGAGUGAUGCAGUGGUCGUCAAUGACAUGACCUGUGCUACACAAGAGAAGUUUAUACUGGAGGAACGUCAGAGGAAAGAAGCACGUGAGCGCAAGGCAAAGAUGGAGGAGUGGGUACCUCACUUAUUUGAGCGGGAUCUGCUGACAGGAGACUGGGUCUAUAAACAUUUAGAUAUGAGGCCGUGGGACCCCAGUAAUGACCUACUGCAGUAUGAGUCAAGCUAUUGUAUUCAAACAUGGACACGUCACAAGACACCUGUUGUCCGUACAUGUAGCAUUGCUAGUCUGGAGCAGCAGCCGGUAGCCACAGUUGGUCGUCAUGCACCCUGUAUCCACCGAAACUCUGUGAAGAGGCUACGCAUUGUGGGAGAGGAGAGUGAAAGUUCAACCCCAGAGAUAGACACUCGACACAACAGUGACUCUUCUGACCAAACUAAAGCUCGACGAAUUCAGCGUGCAGCAUCCAACAACAAGGGCCGAAUAUCGGAGGAGACACUUGUGAGAGCCUUGCAGCCAUUGGUAGACAUGCAAAAUGAAACCAACCAAUCAGUUCAGCUGUUACAAAAACAAAUGUUUUCGCUGAGCAAGAGGACAGACCAGCCUCAGGCGAGUGCUCUUGUACAGAACCGUGACAUUCUUGUCGUGCUUGCUGUCGUCAUAUGUCAGGUCCUGCUACAGCUGCUGUGGAAAUGAUCUGUUGUUGAUAAUCGUUUGUUUAAAACUGUUUAAUCAGCUGUGAUUCUCACUUUUACGAAUAAUGUAUGAUCACUCUAUUAUUAUCAAAAAGUGCAAUAGUGAUUGUGAAUGAAUGUAUUAUGAUUAUUGGGACGUAAGCAGAAGGUUCCGACUGCUGUGGAUAGCAUUAUUGGUGUGUCACACAAAGCUCCUGUGGUAAAGGGGAGACAACUGUGGAUGUGAUAGGGCAAUCGAGAGAUAGAAAGAGGAUAGAGGUAAAUGUAUAUACACUUGUGUGAAAACUGUAUUUGUUUGAGAUCUGUAAAUUUUUAAAAGAGGAGAAGUGUUUUUUGGACAAGAUUCAUCAGUUUGGAAACGUAUCGAUGUAUUAUGCAAUUUGUUUGAAAUCAAUAAUAUAGAUACUCGUGCAAUAUUUUUGCGGACACCUUUGCGAGAAAAAUGGCCUAAUACAUUCAGUCUGUGAGAACAACUAAAUCAAGUCUUUUUGACUUUUAAAAGAAAUGGUGAUUUCUGACAGAUAGGGCCUGUUCGUUUUUUCGGACCAGCUUGUUUGUCUAUUUUUUUAAUGUAACAUGUCAAGGUUAGAACCUGACGAACUGCAAAUGUUAAAGCAUGCCUUAAAAGUCUUCCCUAAGGUUUGCUAGAAAAAAUACAUCCAAUCACUUGGUCCGCUCCUAUGUUAUAAACGAACAACUUUGGUCCAAUUAGUUAAACAGUUUGGAACAUGAUAAACGAAAGUGACCCUGGAAAUCUAUAUCAAGUACAUGUGUAAUUGUUUGUAAACAAAUAACAUGAUACGGAGAAACAUUUACAUUUUCAAAGGACGGACUCGCUGGGAGGUAGCUGUGAUGUUUGAAACGAGGAGCAUUAGUGCAUCCAAGGUAUACAUGAGAGAACCACAUUGUACAAUGGAGCUGCAAUAUUGUUACCUGUUACUGUUAUAUAAACUACUAAGUUUUUACUCAGUUAAGUAUCAUUUACGUAUUUAAAUGUGGGAAUGAAGAAAGUGAAAGUCUUCUCUCAUUCCUUCACUGCUGAUCUGAUUUUGCUGUUUACAUAUGAUCAUUUCUGCUGUAUUUUUUUCACGUUAUAUACAAGAGCAAUGUUGUUUAUAGGGUUUACAGAUCUUAGUAUUAUAUCAUACUAUUGGAAACAUAUUCUCAAUUUUGUUUCAAGUUAAAUUAUAUGGAUACAGAUGAUUUUUUUAUGUUAACUCUGAUUGAAAUAAUUAACCCAGGUUAGAACAGAUGAGAAAUGUACAGGUAGUUUAUAAUACCUUCAGUUAAUGAAUGGUCACUUUAUACUUUAUGCAUUACAAGAAAGUUACUUCACUUAUUUUGUCUUUGUUUAACUAUUAUAAAUUUAAUUGAUUAUGUAAUUAAAGGGCAAGCUUAAAUUUUUCAAAAUCAUUGGUCUUUGUGGUAAGUGGUUUUGAAAGAGUACCUGGUGGAAAAAGAAAUAUAUCAGUAUACAACAUGCAUAUACAGAUGUAUAACUGUAUACCAGGACAUUUUUGUUGCAGUUAAAUUUUCGCCCUCCUUAAUGGACAUAAAUUUAUUAUUACUACAAACAUUAGUAAACAACACCAUAUACAUAGUAAUUAAAUGUAGAAAGCAAAAUUAACACUGGGCAAAUAUGGAUUUAACCAGCUAAGGCCGAAAGUUUGACUUAGCCUUUUUUUUUUUAAUCAGAAACAAGACUAUUUCAUCUGUCAAUUUGAAUUUGAUGAAUAAUGAAACUUUAUGCUGGGAAUACAGUUAUACUUACCGUACUAGAAAAUUUUGCACAGCUCUGUCGGGCAAGUAGACACAAUUUUUUUACUUGGGUGCAGCAAGCUAUUGGACAUGAGAUUUUUCUUACCCCUGUUAAUACAAUAUUAUACCAAAGUUUAUUGAGAUAUUUAUCCUUUGGAAAGGUGUGAAGUUUGUGUUCACUAACCGUGCAAUUUCAGAUAUAUUCAAAAUAUAUAGUUUGAUUUUAAAUAUUAUUUACUAUUUUGAAAUUUCCAUAUUAAGGUGGGUUCUUUUUGUGUUUGUUUAUCUUUUCACAUAGAUUUACAUAUUUAACAUGUAUUCUGUAAAAUAUAUGUACUAAAAUACACGUAUAAGACUUGUACACACAUCAGUUAAGGCUAAAUUGCACAUUUAUUUGAAAGAGUUUUUUGACGGAACAUUUUCAUUGUUUUAUUAAGAUGAAAUCCAAGCAUUUUAGAUAUAGUAUGUUUCACUUUGAAUACUUUAAAAACAUUGAUAUUGUGAUGUGUAAAUUUCCUUAUAUCACACACAGAUUUUACUUCACACUUGUAGCAUAAAGCUGUGGAAUUUCAGUUUCACAAUUGUGCAUAUGGAGGAGGUGAACUCAUGCAAUAUAGUUUAUACAUAAUAGGAGUUAAUGGUCGGCGUGCUUAUGUUUUCACACUCAUAUACAUCAUACACUGUAAAACAGAUUGCCACUAUAAUUAGCUCAGACAUUUGAUGAUAUGGUAAGGAUAUAAACAUAUCAUGGCUGUAAGUAAGGGAGUCUCACCACUUAUCUGUUGUAUACCAGCAUAGGACUUUUUUUAUCUCUCUUUCAAAUGAAUUGAUAGAGCGAUGGAGCAAUGGAGCCAUGCUUAUUGUUAAAAAGAAAAUUAUGAUGUAUCUUUCAUAUUUUACUCUUUGCUGUAUAUUAAAUAGGCAAGCAACUCAAAAUCACAAAAAUGCCAAACAAAUUAGCACUCUUCUUUGUUGGAGGUUAUACAACACGGAGCCCUGAGACUCUACCUUAAGUUCUACUUGGAAAGACUGAGUAUGAUUUCACAAGAUUUAUUUAUCUAGUCACUUCAACAGACUCAGGUCUGUGUUUUCACUUUUGCUCAAAAUGCAAGUAGGUCUAGAGUAGACUUCAGGCAAUCAAUGUAAAAUGUAGGCUCCACUUUUACAUAUGUAUGAUAGCUGAAAAAAGAGUGUCCAAUCAUCCAGUGAUGUGCCAUUCGCUGUUCACAUCAUUACGUAAGAAAUUGACGGAGAUUGUGUCACAGUUCUGAGUUUAGAGAGUUCAGACAUUAUUGAUAUAGAAAUACUUUCCAUCUUCAGGUAUAGUAUUAGUGGGAAAGGGUUUUCUCUAUCCUUUUAUAUUUCAUUUAAAAUAUCGAUAGACAAUUUUCCUAAUGUUGGGGAAACUUGGUUGCCUGUAGUUUAGUACAAACUAACAUAUAGUCUGUAGCUGUCACAGCUGGGUUUGGCUGUAGUGUCAAACUUUUAAAACUGCUCAAAAGGGUAACAAAUAAUAUUGCAAUAAUGUUUUUGUAUCUGCACAUUCAAAUUACAGAUACAUUUUAGAACUGUCUCAAGCUGUCAGGGAUUAGAUUGUUCAUGAUAUUGAAUGUGAUAAUUUUAUGUACCGAUUAAAAACUGCUUUAUUGGGUAAAAACUUGGUCAGAAAGAUAUUAAAUAGUCACGAUUAGAUUUUGGUUGAUGGUAUUUUGUCAUUGCCUUUGCUUGUCCAAGAAACAGCUUUUUAUGUCAUUAGAAAUCUUUAUGUCAUACUAGAAUUGCAAGGGACAUUUUAUGUCAAUGGCGUAUAAGCAUUUAUCAAUGUUCUGGCCCCAAGAUCAUGAAAUGAUCUGAAGUGUAAAAUUGUUGACUUAACAGUCACAAAUAACGUCAUAAAAAGUGAGGUCAUACGUGAAUGGCUUGCAAAAACUUCAGACUAAGAUAAUUUCAUGAUACCAAGGCCAGAUCCAUCUUUCUUUAAUCACAUAUGAACUCAUUUUAGAAUAGAAUUUCAUUGGUGAAAUGUAUCAUUCAAUGAAUGGUAGAUAUAAAAUCAUUCAUUUGCUGUCUAUUUAGAAAAACAUGUUUUAAUGCAUAAUAAAUCUUUUACAAUGUCUAUGUAUAAUAUAACUAGAAUUAUAUACUAAAUAAAAGUACCUCGAAUGUAGGUAGAUGUAUGGUUUGUAGAAAGUGUGUAAUGGGACCAGAAAGUUUACUGGUGUAGAGGUUCAUAAUCAUAUAGAAAUGCUUAGUUCGUUGUUAUCUAGUGACACCAACUUAGAAGGAAAAAAAUCUCUCUCAGAGAAUGAAGGUUAUUAUUUACUCAGAAAAUGACUGAAAAUGUUUACAUUAAAACUAAAAAGAAUGAUUUUUUAAUUGACUAUAUCUCCAGAUGUGUUCCCUAACUUUUUUGAACCCCGUAAGGCCUCGACCUUUCGAGUCUUUCUGGGAUGUGUUCUCUUUCGUAAACAGAUCUCUAGAUUAUUUUACGCUUUGAAAAAUUCCUGUAGUCUAUAGCUAGGACCAAUUGGAAUGCAUGCUUCAUUAAAUUAAGACCUGGAAAAGAAUGGGUAAUUGUGCAAAGCAAAAUAAGUUAAUAUAAGACAUUUCAAAGAUUUUGUUUUUUUCUACAACCAAGACCAAAGCUUCCAUAUCCUAGUUAAUGGUUGGAGGUUGUAUUAGUCGUAAAACCCAAACCACAGCCUCCAUAUCCUAGUUAAUGGUUAGAGGUUUAUCCGUCGUACAACCCAGACCACAGCCUCCAUAUCCUAGUUAAUGGUUGGAGGUUGUAUCAGUCCUACAACCCAGACCACAGCCUCCAUAUCCUAGUUAAUUGUUGGAGGUUGUAUCGGUCGUACAACCCAGACCACAGCCUCCAUACCCUAGUUAAUGGUUAGAGGUUGUAUCGGUUGUACAACCCAGACCACAGCCUCCAUAUCCUAGUUAAUGGUUGGUUGUUGUAUCAGUCGUACAACCCAGACCACAGCCUCCAUAUUCUAGUUAAUGGUUGGAGGUUGUAUCAGUCAUACAACCCAGACCACAGCCUCCAUACUCCAGGAGUUAAGCUCACUUUUGCACUUUGCACCCGUGAAAUAUGUCGUAGUAAAAUUGAAGGCAUGCUGCUAGCUAUUUGACUUCAAAGUCAGACAAUUGUACUGUUGCACAACUGAGUUUGUUUGAUGUACAUCAGAGGAUCAAACUAGUCUUCUUGUCACAUCCACAUGGUGGCGCACACUGAGCCUUCGAAUUGAAUGUCUAACUUGACUUCCCCCUUGAAGUGCUAUAUUUUGUUGGGUGUUAUGUUAUAUACAAUUCUCUAUUUCAAACCACUUAUUUAUAAUUCCAGGUUGUCAAACAUGACCAAUUUAUCAAUAAAAUAUGGUCCAACAUGU